AUGAGAAACAAACAAGUGAAGGCCUGCAGGGAGCUUGUUCUCUUGCAUUCAGACAUUGUUGCUUCUCCGGUGUUGGGCCAUUUUGGGGGCAUCACUGUUAUAAUGACUAUUAGAUUUUACAAGAGCGGUAUUACCCAGGCCUUUGCACAGAAACAUGGUCUACAGUUCAACCCUCCUCAAAGGGUAUUUCCUGCGGUUCUGCAGACGUGUUUGUCUUAUUCUGUGACUGCUAGACUGGCCCCUAAAUGGAACAAAGCAGGCCAAUAUCUUGUAGCAGGAAAAGAUUUCCUCAGUGACUCUGGAAAACUCAAUGCAGUUGUGCUUGAGCUGAGUAUCACUGAGACUCAACUGUGUGUCAGUGUGGAAGCCAACACCGUCAGACUUCCUCCAGCUGUGAUAAAGGAUUUUGAUAUUCCUGCUCCUGUGGUGAAAAACUUCCUCUGCACUGAUGAUGCUUUGUUGCAUACAGUGACGCCAAAUAACUGGUGCCACAUUCUGCCAAGUAUGAAGAAAGGCCAAAUCAUUAGCAUCAGUCGCAGGAUUCCACAGGAAAGCCCGUUCCAAUCUUAUAUGGAGUUUCAAAAGCACUGGAGCAACAUGUAUGGAUAUCAGCUGCCCACAGUAAGUGAAGAGGAAGUCAUCUACUGCAGUCUGUACUUUAAACCAAUAGGUGACAAGCUGUUCACAUAUCCAUUGUGCUGUAUCCGCACUCAGCCGGUACAGUGCUCUCCCAGAGUGGACCUGCAGGGGGUGCUGGGAACCUUCAAAUCAGAUCUGCAGGCCGGACUAGAGAGUGUGUGCGGUUUGCCAGUGCGGAUGACCUGCGAGCCUUGCUACUACACCAGUGAACUGAACAGACCAGACACUCAGUGCUUUGGGCCCCUGCCUGUAAACGUGACAACAGAAAACAGCAGCAGAGCUGUACUGAACCAGCUUCCCAGCAGCUGCCCACGCGACGCAGUGCAACACCGCUCCAGUCAGUGUGACUCAACUGGAAAACAGACUGAAAAGAAAAAGAGAUCCAGUUUGGAUUCAUCUGUUGACCAGAAAGGCUGGAUGUCCUCCAACUUGGCAACUCGGUCCUCUUCCUCUCCCACUAAUGUUAAUUUUACUCCCAUCCAGUCACAGUCUGCACUUCCAAGACCAAAGCUUGUGCCAAUCUUCAAAAACAAAUCACACACCCGCCAUGUGAACGUGACUGAGAUGCUUGCAGUGAAACGGCAGCAGGGGCCGGAAGAGCAGAAGCUGACAGCAGUUAGAAGGCCUCUGUCAUCGUCUUCCAAACCCCACUGCUCCACACCAUCAGCCUCUUCUAACCAGUUCUCCAGGCCUCCAGCCCCGGAGCGGAUGACUUUACCCUUUUCUAAGAGUAAGGAAAAGACCAACAGUGGAGUCACUGGGAUUCUCCCUCCUCUGCCUUUAGUACAGAUGCAGCCCCAAAUCAUGCCUGAGAUCCCCAGCAAUAGAGGAGACACGUUUGAGUCAAAACCAAAGAAGCUCAAACAGAGUGUACAGCAUGUGGAAGUGUAUGCGGCAAGCAAUCAGUCAAAAACUUAG